CACGGAAUCCAUAUAGAAUUUGGAAACGUUUUGAAUAUGCUUUUAGGCCAUAUCCUGCACGAACUUGGUAUAAAAGAAAACCAUCUUAAGAAAGAUUCUCAAUUGCAGAAGUUACAGUAAACCACCUAACACAUCAGAAUGCACUGCCUAAUAAUUAUUUGCAUUUCAAUACCUAUUAUCACCGCUCAGUAUGACUCAGCUCCCUACCAAGCUGAUCCUCGUCAGAAUUACCUUAAUCGUCCUCAGGGUCCUUCCUAUUACAGUCAAUAUUCAAGCUUAGGUUCACAGGGAUUUAGUAGUGAGAGUAACUCAAUAUAUCCUGGACCAGAAGCUCCGAUGCCUCAUUCAAGAGCACCGAUAACCAAGCAACUCCCUAAUCUACAGCAAAAUGAGGUUAUUGAGGAAUAUCAUAAUCCGAGGUUACCUCAUCAACAAUAUAAUGGUGGACCAAGAAGCCUCAGGCACCAGGAAUCAGUUUUCAAUACGAAUGUGAAUGACAGACAGAGAAGAAUUGACAAACCGUGGUCAUCAUCUCCACGUGAAGAAUAUAGAAAUCGUCAGAGGAACAUUCGUCCAUACAUAAGUAGGAGGGACGAGCCCUCCAGAUAUUCCAGGCAUUAUCAAAUCGAUGCAAAACUAAGUCCACUUACGACCAAAAGAAAUCCAAGAAUUGUUAAGUACAUUGCAGAUAAAAAUGGAUUUGCUUUGCGGGAAGACCUUGUGAAGCCUCUUCAGAACACUAUUGACAAAGUACGUCAAGAAUCGAAGAGAAGAAUUUUGACUGCAGCAGCACCCUCUGGACCACCCCGAAGCUCUUCAAUGAUGUCCCAUGUCGUUACGUCAGCUAUCCAGGUAGCGGGUCAACCGAAUAAUUCCGGAUUAGGAAAAUUUUUGCCGAAAAUAUUUGACAUCAAAACUGGAAAAAGAUCUAAUCCAGUUGACAGAUUACAUAAUUACUCUAUUGAGAAGAUAUUAUAAGGUUUUAUAAUAUCUUCAAAGAAACUUGUCAUUUAAUUUCUUCGAUUGAGAAGUUUUUAUGAGAAUUUAGUG